AGAAGAGGAAUUCUUCUUUGCAGUUCCAACAAUUGUGUGAAAAUAAAUCCUUCAUUUACUUUCUUGCAUUUGUUUCGCAUGUUUACGCUAGCCUACCUAAAAUGACAUAUCAAUAAUUGUAAAAGUUUUGGCCAGCAUUUUGCAAUUAUUUGUGGUCAAAUUAAGUCAAAUUCUAACUGCAGCUUUUGUUUCCUGGUGUAAGAUCCUAGAGAAGCUCAGCCUUCUAAACACGGUUCUCAGUCAGACGUUUGCACCAGUUGAUCUAAAAUCCAGUUGAUUUUGAACACUAGCUUCUGUUAAAUCUUGAGACACUUGUGGAUGUCGUUUCAGGUAUUUGACAGAUGCAGAUAACUCUGAGUCAGGACUCAUGACCUGGUUACAAGUUCAUCUGUGCCCAUCAGUGAUGUCUGUGACCGCCCUCCUGCGAUGCACCACUAGGUCACAGAGGCAGCAGGUGAUGGCUUUUCUAGUCCAGCAGAGAGCUCUGUCAGCUGCAGAGGCUGUCAACGCUCUCAGACCAUUUUAUUUUGCUGUUCAUCCAGACUUCUUUGGUCAAUUCCCCAGAGAACGGGAAGUGAAUGAAAAUUCUUUGAAGCAAUUAAAUGGCUACAUGGAAAAUUUGCAGAAGCCUGGCUUAAAGUUAGUUCAGCCAAUAAAGCUCACCUUUUAUAUCAGGGACACUAAGGAGAGCACUGAGAAGCAGCCAGACAUUGUCUCUUCAGGUUUCCGGUCUGUGAGUUUCAUUCUACACACAAAUGAUAUUUUGAGUACCGUGAUGAAUGUGCUGACAUCCUGCAGUUUGCCUGUGGAGCACAUGGAGAGACAUGAAAAAAGCUUUGGGACAUGUAAAAGUGGGCCUGACGGAGGAGAAUCUUUUCAUAGACCCAUAAAAUGGGAUAAAAGCUACUACAUCUUCACUGGGUUCAGAGAUCCUGAGCAGGAGCUGCAGCAGACCAAGAGAAUGGAACCUACACUCCAUGGUUGGUUGAGAAACAGUGAACCUGAGGCAACAAAGAAACACAAUGCUAGUCUUCCAAGGAGAGAAGAGCUGAGCAGAUUGAAGAAGGAACUGUGUGAAAAGUUUCUUUUGGCAGAUAUCAAGUGGCAGCGCAGCUGGGGAGUGGCUCAUAAGUGCUCUCAGCUUCAGAGUCUGACCCGACUGUCUCACCAGAAUCCAGAGGACCUGAUCAAUCUGCAAGGCCAUACUGUUGUGUUCGCUGACCAGUCGGGCAUGAAUGCUUCUGGAGACGUCAUGCUGGGAACCAUGGAUGUUCACCAUCAGUGGACCAAAUUAUUCCAGCAGCUGCCCAGCUAUCGGAGUCUCCAGCAGCAAACAGACUGGUUGAAGGAAAGAAUCAGUUGCCUCCUGGGUGGAUCCCAAGUAAUCCACCUCGGACCAGUCCAGCCUAUCGCUGAGCACUACAGCACGCUAAAUGCUUUCCACAAGAGCUUGAUGUCCCGACGCCUGCACCUGCAUCCCAGGAGCCUGCAUGGCCUUACCAUGGUGCUGGACAAUGAUCGCUCUACACCUAGUCUCCAUGAGAUGGGGCACUUCAUUAUCCCCAUCAACUGUGACCCUCUCAAGCUCCAGCUGUUCCUCCAGAGCCAUGCCCCUGAGGCCAGAAGUCGCACCCUGCAAAGACAUCAGUUGCAGGUGGAAGAGGAGGCAGUGGUGCAGCUCUGUGUCCAGAGGCUGUCUCUGAGGGGCCUCUCCAAGGAGCCCAGCUUGAGCUCCAGUCACAUGAUUCUCUGCUGCAGGAGGUUCAUAGAGCAGCACCCCCCACUGCUGCAGGGGCUCCACGUCUGUGUCUCCCACUUUUACUCUGUCAUGCAGGACGGUGACCUAUGUGUCCCCUGGGACUGGAAGAGCUGAGGCAAUCCUUCAGAAUUUAUAUAUAUACAGUCGUGUUUUGUGGCUACUGUGGAUUCACCUCCGAGAAAUGUUUUGCAUUCACAAUCUAUAAAUAAGAGAUAAAUGUAAAACUAGAAAACACAGCAAACAGAAACUGUAUGUUUAAGUUAAGAAUGUAGAAAACAAUAAAACACCAUUGUUCUAUCGCAUGAACAAACCCUG